CCUCUGAACGCAGCAUCACGUUUUUACGUCAUUACGUCACUGCGUCGUCCAGCCCUUCUUCUGUGAGCGUCUCUGAAACACAGACAUCAUGGCGUCCCUAUCGAUGGCCCCGGUCAACAUCUUCAAACAUGGAGCAGAUGAAGAGAAAGCUGAGACGGCUCGCCUGUCGUCCUUCAUCGGUGCCAUCGCCAUCGGGGACCUGGUGAAGAGCACUCUGGGCCCAAAGGGGAUGGAUAAGAUUCUCCUCGGUGGAGGUAAAGGCGGUUCGGUGACGGUGACGAACGACGGAGCGACGAUCCUGAAGGCCAUCGGAGUCGACAACCCGGCCGCCAAAGUCCUGGUUGACAUGUCGAAGGUUCAGGACGAUGAAGUCGGAGACGGGACGACCUCCGUCACGGUUCUGGCUGCUGAGCUGCUGAGGGAGGCUGAGCUGCUGAUCGCCAAGAAGAUCCAUCCUCAGACCAUCAUCUCUGGCUGGAGGAAGGCGACUCAGGCGGCCAGAGAGGCUCUGAGGGAGGCAGCCGUCGACCACAGCAACGACCCGGCCCGUUUCCAAGAGGACCUGCUGAACAUCGCCAGGACGACGCUGUCCUCCAAGCUGCUGACUCACCACAAAGACCACUUCUCCAAGCUGGCCGUGGACGCCGUCAUGAGGCUGAAGGGAUCCGGGAACCUGGAGGCCAUCCACAUCAUCAAGAAGCUGGGCGGCAGCCUGACCGACUCCUACCUGGACGAAGGUUUCCUGUUGGACAAGAAGAUCGGAGUGAACCAACCGAAGAGGCUGGAGAACGCCAAAAUCCUGAUCGCCAACACUGGCAUGGACACCGACAAGAUUAAGAUCUUCGGCUCCAGGGUUCGCGUCGACUCGACAGCAAAGGUUGCAGAGAUCGAACUCGCAGAGAAAGAAAAGAUGAAGGAGAAGGUCGACCGAAUCCUGAAACACGGCAUCAACUGCUUCAUCAACAGACAGUUGAUCUACAACUACCCAGAGCAGCUCUUCUCUCAGGCUGGAGUCAUGGCCAUCGAACACGCCGACUUCGCUGGUGUCGAACGUCUCGCUCUGGUCACUGGCGGUGAGAUCACCUCCACCUUCGACCAUCCUGAGCUGGUCAAACUGGGUCACUGUAAGCUGAUCGAGGAGGUGAUGAUCGGAGAAGAUACGCUGAUCCACUUCUCUGGCGUCGCUAUGGGUGAGGCCUGUACCGUCGUCCUUCGAGGAGCGACUCAGCAGAUUCUGGACGAAGCCGAGCGUUCGCUGCACGACGCCCUGUGUGUUCUGGCUCAGACGGUGAAGGAACCUCGGACCGUCUAUGGAGGAGGCUGCUCUGAGAUGCUGAUGGCAAAGGUGGUGACUGAUCUGGCCAAUAGGACACCAGGAAAGGAGGCGGUCGCCAUGGAGUCGUUCGCCAAGGCUCUGAGAAUGCUGCCGACCAUCAUCGCAGACAACGCUGGCUACGACAGCGCCGACCUGGUGGCUCAGCUGAGAGCUGCACAUCAGGAGAACAAGACCACCUUUGGACUGAACAUGUCCGAGGGCUCGGUGGGAAACAUGGUGGACCUGGGCAUCACAGAGUCGUUCCAGGUGAAGCGUCAAGUGCUGCUCAGCGCCUCUGAGGCCGCCGAGAUGAUCCUGAGAGUCGACAACAUCAUCAAAGCUGCUCCAAGGAAGAGAGUCCCCGACCACCACCCCUGCUAGACGAGGGACGAGUUAAACCGGGGAGGGAUCAGUUUUGUUAUUUAUCACCUCUUGUGUCGUUCAAGUCAAAGAAACGCUCCUCUGUCAUUUUUUCUCUGUUAAACUCUCACUGUGGACGCACUGCACAGGCUAGCCGGCUAAUGCUAACCAGACGUGGCAAGUGUCAGCUACCCCGCUAAUGCUAGCAGGACUGAAGCUAAUCUUGUCAACAUAAAAUUUGGUGUUGUCAGAGUUUGAGAUACUAACAUCAGCUGAGGAUACAGCUUGUUAUGGUAUCGUUAGCCGCUAGGUGCUGCCAACAACGUUAAGAAAGCAAGUUUUUUUUUGUUUACUGAAAAUUAAAGAACCAAUCCUCA